UGGGAAUUGGAAAGCGGGCGAGGGUCGCCCCCUCCUCUCCUCCUUCCGCGGGCCAACAUGGACGUGAGCACCGCGCGGCCCUCGGCGAGCGACAUCGCCGACCUCAACAGCCAGGACGCGCAGACAGUGUGCGAAGCGCUGGGCCGCUACGAGGAGACGCUGCGCGGCGCCGUCAAGGAGAUCCACGUGGACAUCCAGGUCUUCAAGAGCGGCGUGGACCGGCAAGUGGCCGAGGUGCUGCGCCUGGCCAACCCGUUGGCUCAUACCGUGGCCGAGCUGCAACAAGAGAACCGGCACUUGCGGGCGCAGGUGGAGCGUCUGGCCCGGCAGGUGGAGGGCCUCCGCGGGGCUGCCGGCCUGACCGACGACUGGAUGGCCGAGCCGGGCGGCGCGCCGACAUCCAAGCUGAGCGGCAGCGCCAGGUUCUCCAGCCACGCCAAGCUGUCCUUGUCAACCAAGAGUCAGAGUUUGGACUUGGAGGAUCAUAAUGACUCAGAGAGCAGGAAGGCUUUCGAUUUCUCUAUAGUUGAAAAUGGACAUCAGCCUUCAGGAGGCCUGGCCAAACUUGCUCCGGAACCAGCCUCACCUCUUCACCUGCCAAACGCACCCCCUGAGGCACACGCUCCGGCAGUGAGCUCACGGAUGCCGCACCUUCCGGUUACCGCGGUAACCAGAGUAUCGGAAACCUUUUCAGGAGAAACCUCUGGGGGGCCAAUUACACCGAGUGUCCCUGGAGGACAGCAGAACAAAAGCCACAGUGAGGCUGUGUCAAAAACUUCAAAUCAAUCAGUGAGUGCUGCGAAGAGCUGGAGUUCAAGUUCUGUCAGGACAAGUGCAUCCAUCACCUCAGAGAAAUUCUCUUCUGUCACAAAGUCCACGUCAGCUACGAGCUAUGGAGUGACUGGUGGAACCCAGGCUAGUGAGAGCAUAACAGCCAGCCAGCAACACGAUGUAACCCCCAAAUCCCCCUCCCCACCUCCGGCAGCCCAUCGGCCAGUGGAAAAACGGAGAGAGUUGGUGAGAUCUCAGACGCUGCCCCGCACUUCAGGAACCCAGGCCAGGAAGGCGCUGUUUGAGAAGUUUGACCAGGACCGUGGAAAGGGGAAAGGGGAGAUUCGGCCUAAGCUAAAAAGAUCACAGAGUUUUGGGGUUGCCAGCGCCAGCAGCAUCAAGCAGAUCCUCUUGGAGUGGUGCCGUUCCAAAACCAUCGGCUAUAAGCACAUUGACCUGCAGAACUUCUCGUCCAGCUGGAGCGAUGGAAUGGCCUUUUGUGCUCUUGUCCACUCAUUUUUCCCCGAAGCGUUCGAUUACAACGCGCUCGACCCUGCCAAGCGCAAGGAGAAUUUUGAAAUGGCAUUCACAAUGGCAGAGAAAAUGGCCAACUGUGAUCGCCUGAUAGAAGUGGAAGACAUGAUGGUGAUGGGCCGCAAGCCGGACCCCAUGUGUGUCUUCACUUACGUACAGUCCCUCUACAAUCACCUCCGCCGCUUUGAAUGAGACCGGGAAGGGCCUCGUCCACCUCGGGAGGAUGGUGACGGCAAGAACGGGGCUUGGCCAUGGCUUCUCUCGUUCCUGGUGCUUGCUGCUGCUCCGCCGCUUGCAUCACUGACACAGCAGCCACUGAA